AUGGCUCUAUUUGAGGCUCUAUAUAAGAGGAUAUGCCGAUCUCCGAUUGGCUGGUCCGAUGCUUUUGAGAUGAGUCCUCGGGGUACUGAUCUGUUGAGAGAGUUAUUGGAUAAAGUGAAGAUUCAAGAAAAACCCCUUGCGGCUCAGAGUAGGAAAAAGGUGCAUAUGGAUCAACAAGUUCGUGAUUUGAAGUUUAUGGUUGGUGACCAAGUUCUGUUGAAGGUUUCACCCAUGAAGGGUGUGAUGAGAUUCGGGGAGAAGGGCAAGCUAAACCUAAGAUUCAUUGGCCCAUUUGAGAUCCUUCUUGGAGAGGUACCUUAUCAGUUAGCGUUACCUCUAGGUUUGUGGGGUGUUCACUCAGUGUUUCAUAUGUCCAUGAUGAAGAAAUACCAUUCCGACGAGUCUUAUAUCAUCUAUUGGGACUCAGUCCUAUUCGAUCAGAAUCUCUCCUUUGAAGAGGAGCCGGUAGCUAUCUUAGAGAGGAACGUCUGA